UGUCCAGGCAUCAUAUAUGAGGAGCAGCCAGUCUUGCAUAGAGGUCAGCCGUCUUUCUGCACCGAAACUGAGAGUAAUCACAGCUGUACAGAAUCCCAUCGAUCUCAUUUAGGAUUUAAGAGAAGUAAGAAAAAACGAGACAAAAGAUCUGGUGCUACAGAUAAUUGACCAAACCCAAUCAGAGAUGAAGCUUCUGACAACCGCCCUCGUCAUCGUUCUUCUGUCUACAACAGCCUCCGCUAAGCCGAGUGGUUCGCGUCGGCAUCAUGACGCUGACAUCCCUGACAACGACUUGAUACAGGGACGGCGGGAAGGGAGUAACAGGCGGUCUCAGGGGUCUAGCGAAUCUUCUAGCGACGAAGACUCGUCAUCAGAGUCGAGUCAGUCACGGGAAUCUAGCGAGUCUUCAGAAAGUCAAUCUUCGGAGGAGUCCUCGGAGGAAGUCAGGGAUCUGACCACUACAGUCGUGCCCACCACUGCCAUGAGAACCGUUACUACAGUAGAAGGGAGUACACCCACCUCUGGGCCAGACACGAUGAGUACAGACGAGCCAACUGUGACAAGGACAACACCCCCACCAGCAACACCGACCACACCCAUUGUUGCCACGUCAACUGGCAGUGUGACUGAUUGUGUUACCGUGGAUAUUCCAACAGCUCCUCCCGUCACAGAAAACAGAGGAGACAACUAAAAAACCGUCAUUCCUGUUAACCGACUGCAAACAACAGCUAACCACAUGCCUAUUUAAAAUGCGUAGUUUUCUGUGUGUAGUUGCAAAAGUUAAAUCUUUAUAAAUUCUUAAACAAAAAGGGCAACAUGCAAGUACUUAAUGAGGCCAGUUUUAAAUUAGAAGAUCAUCUAGACCAGUGUUCCUUAAACUUUUCUUAGACCAUGGACCACUUACUCAAUACAAAAAAAUUCCCAGACCACCUAACUGCCAAAGUAUCCCCAAAAACAAUAGGCCAGAUGAAAUGUCAGUUUUGCUAACCGAUUGCCUUUGUUGCUAUCUUAAUGAGGAAGAAUGAUGCCGCGUAUGCUGAGACAUCACAGAAGCAAUGUCUACAUUUAGCCAUCAAUCAAUCUUGUCAGUUGACAAUAACCGUGAACUUUAUCUCUCCGUAUUUCCUGUAAAUGUCACGCUGAUCAUUUGCGAUGUAAAUUGAAGGCAGUGUCGCAAAACGGUCGGCUGCAUUGCUGAAGUCCGACAACACCGCAAAAUAGCCAAUUUGACAAAUGAGUUAAGAUUUAAUAUUGGGGAAAAAAAACAUCUAUGCUCCUGACUAUUAAGGCAUCUACACAUGAUAAGCGAUUUGCUCUCUGCGCACUGCUAGGUAGGGCGCAGCGCAGGUAUUCGUCAUCAAGGAUGGCAAGGAAGCGAUUUCCCGUUGCUAGGUAAAGACAGCUGUUAUCUCAUUGGUUACGCUUUCAAAAGGUCUGCGGCAACUAGGUCAAAGUUGAAAUAAUUUCAACUUUGCGCGCAGCGCACAGCGGCAAAUCCGAGCUCUCCUCAUAAUCAAUGGAACGGCCGGCGCAAAGCGGUUUUGCCGCUUAUCAUGUGUAGGCAGCUUUAGGUUUCAGAGAAGAUGGCAUUUAUUAUUUGAAUUUUAUUAAAAACAUGAUAUUUGACCAAAUCUGCUCGCGGACGACUCUUUGAGAAAUAAUAUUAUUCAAUAAUAGUAUCACUAACUGCCUCAAGAUACACAUCCUUUAAUUACCACUAGAUGCUUUACCCAAAAAUUUUAUAUUAAAGGCCAUUUUUGAAAAAAGUUUUUUUUUAAAUGCAUUUUGUUUGAAAUGUAUAUUUGUUGUAUUAUUAAGAUUACAUUGUUUUUUUUCCAUAUUGACCUGCAGUGUUUUAGCCAUCAAAUAGUGAUGCUACAGAGCAGCUUUCACACAGACCAGAACACAUAUAUGUUGAAGCCUCUGAACACACACACACACACACAUUGAAGGGAAUUAAUUAGGUGACACAUUUUUCCUGCCCUAACAGGUGCAACAAAGCUAACAGGAGAAGAUUUCAAUCAAUGAAACACACCCACACAGUCCUGGGAAGAGGUCUAAUCAGCCAGAUUACAUGGAAACACGUGGGCGUUCAGAGCCUUAAAUAUAUGGUAAUAUUAUGUACACAAAUCUGUAGCUCAGUUAUGUUUACCAAAGUAUUAACUGAUCAGGAAAGUACAGGCAAGAUACUCUGCAAGAUUUCUGCACAAGCUUAAAACAGGUACAUAUUUAUAUUACAGUGGAAUAAAAAGUCACCCGUCUGUAUGAAGCAUCCAGACUAUUUAUCCCACAGCAGUGGUUUCAUAGACUGUGGAGGGUGUGUCUUGUUUGUCUCAUUCAGCAAGCCUUGCAAGACAAACUGAGUUAUUGCCCACAAGUGUUGGUGUAAUUAUGGGUUGUGAAUAUUUUCCCAAAUAAAAUAUGGCUUUGAAGGCUCAAAACAAAACAUGGAUGUUGUUUGUUUUGUGCGUUUUAA